AUGUCGAAGGUCUCCAAGGUCAACCAUGCGGCGGGCAUCUUCGCUGACAUCUCCGUCGAUGGGCCCAUUAUCGGUACCUUGGUCGCUAUUAUCGAUCGAGCCAAGAACCUACCCAACCGGAAGACUAUGGGCAAACAGAACCCUUAUGCUGCAGCACGAUUGGGCAAGGAAGCAAAGAAAACACAAACAGACUUGCGAGGAGGACAAACGCCGCGAUGGGACUCGGAACUUCGAUUUACUGUACAUGAAUCCCCCGAUUACUUCAAGCUAAAGGUCUCUGUGUUCAAUGACGAUAAGAAGACCGACUUGAUCGGCGAGACCUGGAUCGAUUUACAAAGCUUGAUCAUCCCAGGCGGUAGCCAGAAUGAUCACUGGCACCCACUUCAAUACCGUGGGAAAUAUGCAGGAGAUAUCCGAAUGGAAAUGACUUACUACGACACCAGACAACAAGAUGAGGUCCUGAUUGGACGUCGACAAGAAGCCGCUGACCGGGUCCAAGGCAAAGUCCCUAGUACUCCGAGCAACACGAGUAUAUCUGGUCCGCGACAAUUGAAAGAUGUCAAGCGACGACCCUUGCCCAGCGGCCCUGCAGGGGCCCCGCCAAGACCAGCUCCUCUGGAACAAUCUCACUCUGCGCCUCCACUUCACCACCCUGCCCCGUCGAGACCCGCCCUUCCUGGACAUUCAAACACCCUAUCUGGUGCUCCAGACACCAUCUCCUAUGCCCCAAGACAUUCAGAGCAUGUAUACGAUGCAUCAUCUUAUCGCGCACCUUCUCCCGUCCCACCUCCAUCUCGGGGCGGGUAUGAUGGUGCCGAUAACUACACCCAAGAAUGGGACACGGCAGUUGUUGCUCCUCUCCGCCGACAAACCACCCAUGAACUGCCUUAUGCCUCCAAUGAAGUUAUUGAAACCCCGUAUGACUCGCGCCUACUGCAACAGCAGCAGCAGGAACAAGAACUCCAACAGCAACACGAACUACAGCGGCAACAAGAAUUACAGCGGCAACAAGAAUUACAGCGGCAACAAGAACUGCAGCGGCAACAGGAAUUACAGCGGCAACAACAGUUGCAACAACAGCUGGAGCUACAACAACUGGAGCAACAGAAACUGGAGCAACAGAAACUGGAGCAACAGAAACUGGAGCAACUGCAGCAGCAGCAACAACAACUGCGGAAUCAUCCCGAGUAUGAUCAGCCACCUUCGAGAGACUAUCGCCUCGCCAGGCAAAAUCAUUACGAGGCAGAUCUCCAUCAGGAAGUGCCAUACAAUUCUACACGCCAAAGUUUCUAUGCUCAAAUAGAGCAGCCUCGAUACGAUCCAGAUCCCAUGUCAUAUGGCGCAACGCAUACGCACGAGGUGCCAGCUUCGGACUUUAUGCCUUCUUCUUUAGGGCCAGUGGAUGACCCGAGGUACCAUGCACACAGAGUUCGGCCUCUACAGAUCACUGCUCAUGGUCAUGAUUACCACCCAGAGUAUGCCGGAAUGCAACCACGAGUAGAGGAUGAAGAUGAUGACGGACCGCCCCCUCCUCCACCGGCACACGGGUCACGAAGGCCGCACUCUCAGCUGCCUACACCGAAAACGUCGCCCCGCCCAUAUGCACCCUAUACACCCCAAUCUACUGCUCGAUCCUCAGUCCCCCAUCUUCCAUCGAGCAUGUCUACCCCGUCCCACCGCGAUCGCUAUCAGGACCCCUCUUCAAUGGGAAACUCCCCAGCAAUGCCCGCAAGCCUCGUCGCAGGCUAUGAACCGGAAGACUCAUCUGAGAGGGUAGCACUCGAGCGAUCAGCCAACAGACGCAGCACUCACUGGGACGAUGAGAUGAUGAUUUCCCAGCCGCCUGCACCAGUUCCUGUAUCGGCACCUGCUCAUUACGAUGCCCCUGUCUACCCCCUACGAACAUCGCCCCGGCCUAUUGAGCAAAGACCCACUUCUAGCAGAGGUGAAUCUGUCAGCCCUAAUAUGCGGGCUGUGACCCGGAAGUCAGUCAGUCCGCGUCCCUCUUCUUCGGACGUCCGCGGUGGCUCUUCAAUCCCUUUCUCUCCAGACUCUUACAUCUCUCUAAAUCCCAAUGCCUCUCACCCUCCCAGCCGAGAUCCUUCCCCGGCAUAUGACUCGCCUUCGCAAGCUCGAGAUGCCGUGAUACGCGGAAAGACUGAGCCUCAUCGAGACCUAGAUCACCCAAUCAUCGGGGAUGAUGGCCGUGAGAUUGACCCCUCUGACCAUCUUCCCACCGAUACAUGGGCGCCUGAACCAGAGAGGAAGAACCGCAAGCCAGAAGUUAUCAUCCGCUUCAAACACUCCCCUCGGCCAACUUCUAGAGGAAACGACGCUCCCUCAUCACGCAGCACAGGCCCGCCACGCGUUGGAUUUAGAACCGAGACCACUACCUACCCGUCGGAUCGCCCGGUCCAAUACACACCCACCCAUGUGCACGCAAGUCCAGGGGCAAUGGUACGAACACCACCUCGCCCGGACUACGCGCGUGAGCGCUCUGAUAGCUACGCGCGAAGUCAGGCCUACAACACCCCCACUUCGACUGAGCGGCCGCGUUCUUCCCGAGGCUCUGUCUCGCCCUCUCCGGGGUCUCGUACGCCACUGUAUGACUAUAGCCCAGGUCCCCCAAUUCCAAACAAGGUGCCAAUCACCGGAGGAAGUCCAAGCUACCCCGUCAUGUCUGGUAAUGCAAAUGGAAAUGGCCGCAUGGAUGCCCUGAGCAGAGAGCUGAGUACAAUUGACAUUGGCUCUGCGGCAUGCAGCCCUGGCCGGGGGGCCGUUCGAAAGUACGUACCAAGGCAACCAGCGUCGAUAGGCUAUGCCAGGUAA